GCAGGAACACAUUGCAGCACACCACGCAUAAAACACAUUACUAUCACCACACAACAAAAAAGAAGAAGAAUACCAUGAACCUCCGGAGUUCGUCGUUGCUGCUGUCGAUGGCACUCGCGUCCUCCCUCGUGGACGACGCGGCCUCCUUCCACACCAUUGCAAGGCAAGCGAGAACCGUGGCAUCGGUUUCCUCCUCCUCGCUCUCGGCUUCCUCCAUGUCGGAGACGRGCGCCAUGGUGAACGACGUCCGCAAGCAGCUCAACGAGAACGAGGACGCCCGGAUGGUCAUGGACGCCCUCCGCGGGAAAAACCUCAACGACGACGACACGGCCCUGGACGGCCUCCAGAUGAGGCUGGUGGACAUCGGGGCCGCCUCGACCGACCCCGACACGGGCCUCCCCUACGAGUACGACCCGGCCGCCCUCCAGUCCUUCUUCAAGAAGCGGCCGCUCACCAUCGUCCAGCGGCUCUUCCAGCUGGCGAGCGUCGGGGGCGGACUGGCCGUGAAGCUGGCCCUGGACGCCCUGCUGGGGCGCAUCAAGGACAACCCCGAGCUCGAGAUCCAGCGGGCCGGGGAGCUCCGGGACACCAUCACCAGCCUCGGGCCCUUCUACAUCAAGAUCGGCCAGGCCCUCUCGAUCCGGCCGGACGUCCUGUCGCCCCGGUCGAUGGUGGAGCUACAGAAGCUCUGCGACAAGGUCCCGAGCUACGACUCGAAGGUGGCCUUUGCCACCAUCGAGGACGAGCUCGGGAAGUCGGUGGACGAGAUCUUCUCGGAGAUCACACCCGAGCCGGUCGCGGCCGCCAGCCUCGGGCAGGUCUACAAGGCCACCCUCCGGUCGACGGGGGAGACGGUCGCCGUCAAGGUCCAGCGGCCGGCCGUCCUCGAAACCGUCUCGCUCGAUUUGUUCCUGGCCCGGGAGAUCGGCCUCAUCGCCCGGAACUUUCCCCAGCUGACGGACCGCCUGGACGCGGUGGCGCUCUUGGACGAGUUUGCCUUUCGCUUCUACCAGGAGCUCGACUACAACCUCGAGUGCGAGAACGGACUCCGGAUCGCCGAGGACAUGAGCGUCCUGCCCAUGGUCGUCAUCCCCAAGAACUACCCCGAGUUCACCAGCCGGCGGGUCCACGUGGCGGAGUGGAUCGAGGGGGAGAAGCUCAGCCAGUCCAAGGCCGACGACGUCGGCGCCCUGGUCAACCUCGGGGUCAUUACCUACAUGACGCAGCUGCUGGACAAGGGGUUCUUUCACGCGGGUAAGUAACGCCGGGUGUGGGGCGAGCAAUCGAUGGAUGGGUGGAGGCACCCGCGGGUGGUGGGACACGAAACAGAAUCCAAGAAAAAUCGUUGCAAGACAGCUCACCCGUUUUCUCUUUUGUUCUUUGUUGCGUUGCGUUGCGUUGCGUUGUGAUGUGAUGCGUUGCGUUGCGUUGUCGCCCGCUGCCCGCAGAUCCCCAUCCCGGAAACAUGCUUCGAACCACCGACGGAAAACUCGCCAUUCUCGAUUUCGGGCUGAUGACCGAGAUCACCGACAACCAGAAAUACGGCAUGGUGGAAGCCAUUGCCCACCUCAUCAACCGCGACUACACCGAAAUCGGACAGGAUUUCAUCAACCUGGACUUUAUUCCGGAGGGAACCGACACCUCSCCCAUCGUCCCGGCCCUCACCACCGUCUUUGACGUGGCSCUGGCCGGCGGGGGCGCCAAGUCGAUCAACUUCCAGGAGCUGGCCGCCGAUUUGGCCGUCAUCACCUACGAGUUCCCCUUUCGCAUCCCCCCCUACUUUGCGCUGGUCAUCCGGGCCAUUUCCGUCCUGGAGGGGAUCGCCCUUGUGGGCAACCCCGAGUUUGCCAUCAUCGACGAGGCCUACCCCUACAUCGCCCGCCGGCUCAUGACGGACGAUUCGCCGCGGCUCCGGGCCGCGCUCCGGUACAUGGUGUACGGCCGCGAGGGAGAGUUCGACGCCGAGCGGUUGAUCGACCUCCUGGAGGCCCUCGAAAAGUUCAAGGCCAUCCGGGACGACGGCGACGGAACGGCAUACAAGGUGGAUGGCGUCCGGGGAAACAAGGUCGUUGGGAGCGCCGGGGACUUUGUGGGAUCGCAGGUGGUCGACACCUCGGAGCGGGACACCGACAUCGACGGGGGACGCUUCCGGGUGUCCAACAACAACAACAACAACGUCGGCGGAAGCAACCUCCAGGAUCAAACCGAGGAAGACCAGGAAACCGUCCGGGAGGGCCUCCGGUUCUUUUUCAGUGAAGAGGGCGAGCCCUUCCGGGAAUUCAUGCUGGAAGAAAUCGUCACGGUGGUGGACGCCUCGAGCCGCGAGGCGACCCAGGAACUUAUCCGCCGCGUCGGGCUCUCCAACCUCCCCACGCCGUCCUUUCUUCGGGCCCUGAAUCCGGAGCUGAGCGACAACGACAAGAGAAUGGUGCAGCAGAUCACGAAACUCGUUCAGUUUCUGGGAGGGGACUACGACGGGGCCAUCGGAGGAGGGAACAACAACAAUCUCGGGAACGGGGGAAAUGCCACCACCGCGAGGCUGCGGGCCCUCAUCCCCAUCGUUCGGGAAUACCGGGUGCCGCUACAGGACUUUGGAAAGCUGCUGAUCGCGCGGCUGACGGAAAAGAACCUCCAGCGGGGUAUCAACUGGGCGAGCCAGCGGCUUUCCGAGGGACCGCUGGCCGCGGCGGCCAGAACGCGGUGAACGAACCAAACGACGGAGGCGAGUUUCCCGGUCGAUUUUUGAGUAGGCUUGCGAGAAAUCACAUAACCAAUACAAAGAAUACAAUAAGAACGCAAUU